AUGCCUCUACAAGAACUAGUCCAACAACAUGGAUCUUUAGAAGAUGAGGAUACGGACGAUUUAGAUGAUGAUAUGCUCAUGAUGGACGAAUCACCGGAUAUGGACGACGAAGGUUCCGAAUCCGGUGAUAGAGUUAUUUAUCCGUGGAUGAAAAAAAUUCACGUUGCCGGCGUCGCAAACGGUUCGUUUCGACCCGGCAUGGAGCCAAAAAGACAAAGGACGGCUUAUACGAGACACCAAAUAUUAGAACUCGAAAAAGAAUUUCAUUUUAACAAAUAUUUAACGAGACGUAGAAGAAUAGAAAUAGCUCACACUUUAGUUUUGUCGGAAAGGCAAAUAAAAAUAUGGUUUCAAAAUCGGAGAAUGAAAUUUAAAAAAGACAACAAAUUGCCCAACACAAAAAAUGUUAGGAGAAAAACAAAUCCUGCCGGAGUUACGACAACGAUAUCGAAAACGAAAACGCCACGUUCGAAAAUAUCAUCAUCAUCAUCGGCAUCCGAUAAGAGAAAAUCCGUAAAUGAUAAUACAUCUAUAACAACAAUAACGGAUAUGAACAUGAGGCAAAUUAACAAUAAUUUAAUGGAUCAUCAUCAUCAUCAUCAUCAUCAACAUCAACAACAACAACAACAUCAUUCAUCAUCGAGUCCGACCAAUAGUCUUAACAUACACAUGAGUUCGACAUUUGGCCAGUUGACCCCUUUGGCACCAUCAGUACAAAAUUGCGCACCAUCAAAUUCUCCGCAAAAUAUUAAAUCCGAUUAUGGUUUAACGAGUUUGUAG